CGUAGCAACAGCAAACUACCUCAUCCUUACCUGCCCGGUGUGCUAACCUUCCCAAAGAUUACAAGAAAAGACUCAGACGGAGAGAAGUCGGCUAUGAUGAACCUCCUUCCAGAUUUCUCCGUCGAGACUUGGGUGUUUCUAACUGCAUUCCUAAGCCUACUGAUGCUAUAUGGAUUCUGGCCUUAUGGGGUCUUCAAGAAGUUGGGCAUCCCUGGACCAAGACCUAUCCCUUUCCUUGGCACGACGCUAGGCUAUCGCCAAGGGAUAAUGAAGUUUGAUGCAGCCUGUUUUAAAAAAUAUGGAAAAAUGUGGGGGUUUUAUGAUGGCCGAACACCUGUCUUAGCGGUCACCGAUCCAGCCAUCAUUAAAACAAUACUGGUGAAAGAGUGUUAUUCCACCUUCACCAACCGCCGGGAAUUUGGUCCGGCAGGCGAACUGGAUACUGCCAUUUCAAUAGUAAAAGAUGAGCAGUGGAAAAGGAUUCGGACCGUGCUUUCGCCAACCUUCACCAGUGGAAAGCUAAAAGAUAUGUUUCCCAUCAUGGUGCACCACGAAAAAAUGCUCAUUAAAAAUAUUCAAGCCAAAGCGGACAAGGACGAACCAGUGGAUAUUAAAUUCGCGUUUGGAGCUUACAGCAUGGACGUCGUCACGGGCACCUCGUUCGGCGUGACCACCGACUCCAUGAACAAUCCCGAAGACCCCUUCGUCAAGGAAGCCCAGAAGCUCGUGAAGUUCGAUUUCACUUCCCCGCUCUUCAUUUUGAUCUACGUAUUCCCAUUCCUAAACCCUCUGCUGAGUCUGAUGGGCAUCAGUAUUUUCCCCAGGAGUCCCACAAAGUUCUUUGCAAAAUCGAUUGCCAAAAUCAGAGCGGAUCGGGAGAAAGGAAAGGAAAAGGGCAGAGUGGAUUUCUUGCAACUGAUGAUAGACUCACAGAAAUCAAACGGCCCAAAUGGGAGCAACAAUGCGGCCCACUCCUAUAAAGCUUUGACAGACACCGAGAUUCUGGCACAAGCCACCAUCUUUAUAUUUGCCGGAUACGAGGCUACCAGCAACAUGCUGGGUUUCAUGGCUUACGAGUUAGCGGUCCACCCUGAUGUCCAGCAAAAACUGCAGGAGGAGAUCGACUCGACUCUGCCCAAUAAGGAUAGAAGCCUCUCUUCAGUUCUGGCACAGCAGAAACUGGACAACGCCUCGACCCUCUUCCCUACUUUUUCUUCGUGGCGGCUCCGGAGAGAGUGCUCCACGCGGGCCCGAAAACUCUCCUCCGACACCACCUUUUAG